CCUGGGCUGAGGCUGCUCCUUCAGGAGAGAGAGAGUGCUAGCCCAUCGUACCUGUGUACUGCUGGAAGUUCUUCUCAGGUGAAGGCCUAGACCGAUUUGCAGACAUCUGGAUGCAGCCAUUGGCAAAGGACACCUCAGGCAUGAGUGCAGCUUCUGUGACACUUGCCAGUGCCCUGCAGGUCAGGGGUGAAGCUCUGUCUGAAGAAGAAAUCUGGUCCCUCUUGUCACUGGCUGCUGAGAGGCUCCUGGAAGACCUCCGUAAUGAUUCCUCAGACUACGUGGUGUGUCCAUGGUCACUUCUGCUUUCUGCAUCUGGAAGUCUUUCUUUUCAAGACCACAUUUCUCACAUAGAGGCUGCACCAUUCAAGGCUCCAGAACUGCUCCAGGGACCAAAUGAGGCUGAGCAGCCUGAAGCAUCACAGAUGCAUGUCUAUUCCUUAGGGAUGACUCUCUACUGGUCAGCAGGGUUUCGAGUUCCACCAAACCAGCCCCUGCAGCUUCAAGAGACCCUGCACUCCCUCCUGCUGGCCAUGUGCGAAGACCAGCCGCGAAGACGGAGGCCACUGCAGGCGGUUCUGGAAGCCUGCCGGGUUCAUCAGGAAGAAGCGGCUGUGUACCCCGCCCCUGCCAGUCUCCACAUCAGUCGGCUGGUGGGCUUGGUGCUGGGCACCAUCUCCGAGGUGGAGAGAAGAGUUGUCGAGGAAGGCACCUGUGAGCGGCAGAGCAGAAGUUACUUUCUCAGGAGCAAGCUGCAUCGGGCAGGUAGCGAGAGCCCCGGAGCUCGGGCCUCUGACAGUCUGCAGCCUGGAAGAGAGAGAAGCACAGAGACACAGAGCUCCUUGGGGCGACGCUGGAACACCACAGCACACAGACAUUGCAGCUUCGUCCAUGGCGCUUUUGCAGGUGUGGGUCCCUGUGACUUCGAGGCGGGCUUGCCGUGUGGCUCUGGGCCUGUGCUCUUGCCUGAAGCAGAAAGCUCACAGCCAGCAGCAGCUUCUCCAAGGAAUUUCCUCCAAAGGAAGGGAAAGUUCUCCAGACCAGAGUUCAUCCUGUUGGCUGGAGAGGCCCCGGUGACCCUACAUCUGCCUGGAUCCAUUGUGACCAAAAAAGGGAAAUCCUACUUGGCUCUCAGAGACCUCUGUGUGGUCUUGCUGAGUGGACAGUGUCUGGAGGUGAAGUGUGACAUGGAGUCCACAGCAGGAGCUGUCUUCGAUGUUGUCAUGUCCUUCACCAACCUUGGGGAGACCACCUACUUUGGUUUGGCUUACAUGAAAGGUGAUGAGUUCUUUUUCCUGGACAAGGACACUAGAUUGUGCAAAGUCGCCCCAGAAGGCUGGAGAGAACAGCACCCGAAAGGUUCCAUGGACACUUUGACACUCUUUCUGCGAAUAAAGUUCUUUGUCAGUCACUAUGGGCUGCUCCGGCACAGCCUGACAAGGCAUCAGUUUUACCUGCAGCUUCGGAAAGACAUUUUAGAAGAGAGGCUGUAUUGCAACGAUGAGACACUGCUGCAGCUGGGGGUCCUGGCCCUGCAGGCUGAGUUUGGAAGUUAUCCUAAGGAGCAGAUGGAGAGGAAAGCAUAUUUCCGAAUUCAAGAUUACAUCCCAGCAAGGCUUAUUGAGCGGAUGACAGCAAUCCGGGUCCAAGUAGAAAUCUCCGAGAUGCACCGGCUCAGUUCUGCGCCCUGUGGAGAAGAUGCAGAGCUGGAGUUCUUAGAGAUUGUUCAGCAACUCCCAGAAUAUGGAGUCCUGGUUCACCGGGUUUCUCCAGAAAAGAAGAGACCAGAAAGGGAAAUGGCCUUGGGGGUCUGUGCCAAAGGUGUCAUAGUCUACGAGGUGAAAAGCAGCCGCAGGAUCGCAGCGUCACAGUUUCCAUGGAGAGAAACCGGGAUGAUCUCCACUCAUAGAAAAAAGCUCACCAUCACCAGCAGCAUCACUGGGAAAAAGUACACCUUUGUCACUGAUUCAGCCAAGACCUGUAAAUAUUUGCUGGACCUCUGCUCUGCCCAGCACCGGUUUAAUGCACAGAUGGGCUCUGAGCAGCCUCCUCAUCUUGUAAGUGAUCAGGAUACGUUUGUACAAAUGAAUUCUGCACACCAGACACAGGCCAACCCUCUCGCUUGGAUUCCGAAACUCUCGUGCUCGGACAAUGAGCUCUGUGUACCCAGGUUGCCGAAUGCCGCGGGAGGCAGACUGAGCACAUCCAUGGAGAAUGUUCAGGGAGGCAAGGAGACCAGGAUGGAAGGAAUCAGAAGCAGCCCUUACAGUGUCCGAGAGCAACCGGACAGCAUCUGUUCAAGUCAGAAGCCAACUCAGCUUGUCUCUGGGGCAGCUGUCCACAGCACAGGGUCACAGAACAGCUGGAGGAAGAGCUUUACGGAGGAACCCAACCAAGACGUGGUGUGUGUGACACUGAAGCGUGACCCACAUCGUGGUUUUGGUUUCGUCAUUAACGAGGGAGAAGAUACCGACCAAGCAAAACCCGGCAUUUUCAUAUCUUCCCUCAUACCUGGGGGACCAGCAGAAAAGGCUAAAACGAUCAAACCAGGGGGGAGGAUACUAGCCUUGAAUCACAUCAGCCUGGAGGGCUUCACAUUCAGCAUGGCUGUUAGAAUGAUCCAGAACUCUCCUGACAACAUAGAAUUAGUCAUCUCUCAGUCAAAAGGUGUUUGUGGAAACGUCUCCAGCGAAGAAAAGAACAGCACAGCAAGUUCUGGCGUGUUCUGUACAGACAUCCUGAGCAAUGGGCACCAGGGAAGAGAGUCAGCACACACAUAUGACCAGGACAGAAAUGUCAGAGGACCGGAAAUGGCUCAGGCCGCUGGCUAUCAUCCUCCAUCUCCUCUGGAAGCCAAUGCUGGUGGAAUCUACUUCGUGGAGCUGGCUAAAGAAGAGGGGACACUUGGAUUCAGCGUGACUGGUGGCAUCAAUACAAGUGUACCUCACGGAGGAAUCUAUGUGAAAUCCAUCAUUCCUGGAGGUCCCGCUGCCAAGGAAGGACAGAUCCUGCAGGGUGACCGGCUCCUGCAGGUGGAUGGAGUGAGUCUACGUGGCCUGACUCACAAGCAGGCUGUGCAGUGUCUCAAGGGUCCUGGGCAGGUGGCGCGGCUGGUCUUAGAGAGGAGAGGCCCCAGGGCUGCAGCACAGUGUCCUUCUGCUGACGACAGGAUGGGAGAUGCACACACGGCUGUUUCCCUGGUAACAGCCAGGUCUGGCAGACCUGCGAGCUGCAUCUCAGUGACAGAUGGUCCUAAGUUUGAAGUCAAACUGAAGAAGAACAGCAGUGGCUUGGGAUUCAGUUUCGUGCAGAUGGAGAGAGGAAGCUGCAGCCACCUCAAGAGCGACCUUGUAAGGAUUAAGAGGCUCUUUCCUGGGCAGCCAGCUGAAGAACAUGGGGGCAUUGCAGCUGGUGACAUUAUCCUGGCAGUGAAUGGAAAGUCCACAGAAGGCCUCGCCUUCCAGGAAGUGCUCCAUAUAUUGCGUGGGGCUCCAGAGGAAGUGAUGCUACUCCUCUGCCGACCCCCUCCUGGGACACUGCCUGAGAUGAAGCAGGGAUGGCAGACUCCUGAACUAUCAGCAGACCAAAGAUUCACCAUGGCAACAUGUACUGAAUCAGAGCAGAGCCCCAGCCUAGAUCAAGACAGCUGGAGGGACAGUGCCUCCCUGGACACUGGGGAAGGCCUGGGUGCCAGACCAGAGUCUUCCUACAAGGCUGUCAGAGAGGUUAAAGGAGACCAAAACAAACAGGGACCCUGGACCAGGUCCUUGAUGCACCCUAUGGAAUCCCAUCCUCACUUGUGCAAACUCCACCAAGAACCAGAGGCACCGGCAUUGGCUACCUCUUUGGAAAAGGAUAUGAGACAAAACUGCUAUUCUGUGUGUGACAUCAGGAGAUUGGGAAGGGAUGAUGCUGAAGGUGACGCAUGUUUUCUACAUGAAACCUCUUUCCUCACCGUGGACGAUGAAGAAUACCUGACCCUCAACUCCACAUCCUGUGGCCAGUUGCCCUGUGAAGAAUGUCUAGAGGCAGAUUCGGAGACUAUUCCUCUGCCACAGUUCCUUUCUUGGGGUGCUCUCCCAGAGUCUUCACUUCUGGAAGGAUCCUAUGGGAGUGAGAGUGACUGGGAGGACCUGGAGGAGCCUAUGACUAUGGAUGACACCCUCAGGUGAACACACUGAACCAGGCAUCUCCUGGGACAGAACCUGAGGGUUUCUGAGUGGGCAUCCUUUUGGCGGAAGAGCCCCUCAGCUGACUGUGGUCCAGAGAAUGUGUCUACUUGCUCUGCUACUGUGAAUGAAGCAUCCCUGGGAGCAUGGGCUCGGAUGGAGCUCCCGCCCAGUUGUUAAGUGCUACCUUCUAAGAGUUCCUGCCUGUUGUUUCUGAGGCUAAUCCUCGUUAGCAGCCACUACUUCCUCUGCAGUCUAAGUCAAGCAAAUCUUUGUGUGUAUGGGUGGGGUUCCCCUCACAAAAGGAACUGGGACCUGGUUUCUUUAAGUAAUACAAACAAGGACGGGGGAAAGUCCUGGUUGCCACACUGGUGCACCGUUUUCCAAGACGGAUGAUGCACCAUGGAGUCCUCAGUGCUCAAAGGACUCUGUGCUUGUCAAAGUGUCCCAAGUGUACUGGAGGGAAUCUGCCAAGAGGCUGGGCUCAAAGGCCACAGGCAAAAUAACUUUCUGUAUUCUUCUGUUUUGGUUUUUCUAUGUCUGUCCUUUAGCUCCAAAUAGUGAUGUGGUUUUAAAUGAGUUUUUUCCCUUUUGAUCCUAAUGCCUGAUUCUCAUUUUAUAAAAAAUAAACUAUCGUGUAACUAACAUUCUUGAUAAUUGCUAUGUAGAUGCCACCAUUAAUAAAUUAAACUUGUGGAAUUAGCAAAUACAUAAAAGAAAUAGACCUGGUGGACCACAGUGUAAGCCAUUGGUGUGACACUGUAUAAUGGGGACCACAUAGCAGAGACAAGGCCUCACAUCACAGAAACAAAGACAGCUUAAUAACACAAUGAGGGUGUGUGUUGUUGUAGGUCAUGGUUUGCUCUGCUGCUUAAGGAGACGAAUUUUUCAGCAAUUUGAAUAGCUCUGCUUCAGACUGUUACAGCUGCCACACAGUUUUGUAGUCCUCAAGUUUGGAAAAUUAAUUAACUAUGCAAUAAAAUGAUUAAAUAACAAUAUUUUUCAACCCA